AUGCGUGCGAUCCUGAAGCGCCAUCGAAAUGGUUUCCUGGGAGACGGAAUUGCUGCACCAGCUCCCGCCAGAGGAGCGGUAUGUGAUCUCAAUAUGGGAGAUGCCCAACCUAUCACGCUGCGACCAAGGUCAAUUAGCCCGCACGUAGCAGUCAAGAUGUAUGAACACCUCAAGAAAUUGCUCGAGAACAAUUUGAUUGAACAUUCAGAAUCGCAAUGGGCAUCUCCAAACGUGAUCGUACUCAAGAAGAAUGGGGUAGCCAACGGGAUGUGUAUUGCCUAUCGACUUAUGAAUAACUUCAUCCAGCUGUCCAGUUACCCGCUACCUCUAAUCAACAACUUGUUAGUCGGUUUCGAAAAGACGCUCUGGUUCAUGAGCCUGGAGAUGGCUAGCGGUUUCUGGCAAUUAGGGUGA